CCUUUAGCUGGUUUGGCCGCCCUCCUAGGACACGUUCCUCCCAAACCGUCAUUCACCAGUGGCCUCAGACCUUGUGGGUCUUCCCGUGACUCGAGGCAUCUGCAACGCUGGUCCCGGGAGAGAAUAUGUACAGCUUCAUACUGCAAUGUCACCCAGAGG